UAGACGUCGUCGUAUUGUGCCUUCUGUGCUUGCCACGUAAUAAUAACCGAUCAACUCCUCCGCCUACCACAGCGGCUCAGCGUCACUGCUCGCCAAUCCAAAGCCGCCUUCUCCUUCCCAAUGUCGAGUUCAUUCAGAAACCCUCAUCGGUCAUCAAAGAAGCAGAGACAGGAAAGGGAGUGGUUUGCUCCGAGUUUCAAGCCGGAGAACUUCAUUCCGGGCCUAUUCAUCGGUUUCAUUCUUGGGUUGUUCUUGGACUUGUCGAAACCCACAAAAACUGGCUCCAGAAAAAGCAAUCUCUUGCCGGGCAAGCAUCAGCAGCAGGUGCUGGCCUCGGGUACCAGUGAUGAAGAGCUGAAGAUGGUUUUGGUAGUUAGACAAGAUCUAAAGAUGGGAGCUGGAAAGAUUGCAUCUCAAUGUGCUCAUGCUGCCACUGGAAUGUAUUCAGAGCUGAUGCAGAGUAACCGGUCCCUUUUGAGACAAUGGGAGCUGUGUGGGCAACCAAAAAUAGUGGUCACAUGCAAGAAUCAACAAGAAAUGAAUAAGCUGAAACAAGCAGCUGAGAGCAUUGGCCUUCCAGCUUUUGUUGUUGCAGAUGCAGGUCGCACUCAGGUUUCGUCUGGGUCAAAGACAGUACUUGCUAUUGGACCUGGAAGCAAGGCUUCUGUAGAUUCGGUGACAGGAAAACUACGAUUGCUCUGAUGGCGUUGGGCACAUUUAAAGCUUCACUGAUGAAUUCUCCCAAGUCAUGGUUCUAUGCACUUCAAAGCUCUUCUUCCGGCCAUGAUCAGGGAUCGAUGCUCUGGUACUUGUACCUAGAGGAGAAUUUACUUUCUUCUAGCACAUCAGGAUAAUGUAAAAGGUGUCCCUGACAGGGCUGUGAAUACGGUAACUGAGUCAAUGCCCUGGUACUUCUAUCUUAGAUGGGGAUUUAGUUUUCUCUAUUUGUUUUCACUUUCCUUUCCUCAGAACUGCCUGAGUUGAAUAACUACUUGUUGAUAGUCUCUUCUUUGGCUGCAGAGACAAUAAGGAGAGUAGAAAAGUUGUUUUUCUGUACAAUUGGGAAUUAGAGGAUUUGAACUUGUGAUUCUGUUCAAUUACUUCAUGCCACUGUUGAGCAAAGCCAAUGGAUGAGACAUUGCGGCUUCUGUUUGUGCUUGUCA